GACCCAAAAGACGAAGCUUCAGCCCAUAUCGAACAAACCGGCCUACAAACCCAAAUCAUCCCUUCGUUCCUCGAUCGCCACCACCACACCACCACCACGGAUUCGUACCGGAGGACUUUUCUCCCUCUGUAAAAUUUUGCGCCUUCUUCUAAUCUCAGCUCUGCUCCAAAAUUAGGGUUUACAAUCAGAACAAAAAUGGAGAAAGAGAAGAAGAACAAAUACAGCAUAAUAGUGCCAACGUACAACGAGCGUCUCAACAUUGCACUCAUCGUUUAUCUCAUCUUCAAACACCUCCGGGAUGUUGAUUUUGAAAUUAUUAUCGUGGAUGAUGGGAGUCCUGAUGGUACUCAAGAAGUUGUUAAACAGUUACAGCAAGUAUAUGGUGAAGAUCACAUUUUGUUAAGACCUAGAGCGAAGAAGCUUGGACUAGGCACGGCUUACAUUCAUGGGUUGAAGCAUGCGUCUGGGAAUUUUGUUGUCAUCAUGGAUGCUGAUCUAUCUCACCAUCCAAAGUACUUGCCAAGCUUUAUCAAGAAACAGUUGGAGACUGGUGCAAGCAUAGUUACUGGGACCCGAUAUGUUAAGGGUGGAGGCGUACAUGGGUGGAAUCUAAGGCGCAAGCUAACUAGUAGGGGAGCUAAUGUUCUUGCUCAAACACUUCUGUGGCCUGGUGUAUCUGAUCUGACAGGAUCUUUCAGACUUUAUAAGAAAUCAGUGCUUGAAGAUAUUAUCAGUUCUGUGGUUAGCAAGGGAUAUGUCUUUCAAAUGGAGAUGAUUGUUCGGGCUUCCAGAAAAGGCUACCAUAUUGAGGAGGUAGUGUUGUAUUUCAAGUUAUUGUGGUUUAUCAUUAAAAUCAAUAUACACGGACUGUUAUUGUGUGCUUUGGUUCAUUUCACGUCAUACAAUAUUGUGACUGUUCUUGCCAACUUUGACUGGCCUGAGUUUUGAGAGUACGCUUUUCAUGCACGUGUGGCUAUGCAUCUUGAUUUAUGCUUUCUUCAUCUUGGUUGUGGCUUGAACAACUACAUAGCCUAGGACAUGCCAAUAGUUUACCCUGUUCCAUAAACGUUUCAAUUCCCUGUUCAUUUAGUGUAUACUAUAUUCUUGUCAUCAUGCCUGUUGGAAAAUAAUAUCUGUUGAACAGUAAAAUUCCAAUUGAAUUCUGAAUAUUUAAAGAUAGUGCUGGAUAAACUCUAGAUAAUUCUGAAAGCUCUACAGUUUACAGCUUCUUUAAGUUGUAUUGUUUCUUUUCUCUGUUAACAACCUCUAUCUGUGUGGUUAUUUAUCUCACCCAAUUUCUCUUUCAUGUAUGGUUAUGUUGUUUGUGUUGAAAUUUGUACUGUAGACUACUUGAUAGUAUUGUCCGAAGAUCCUUGACUUUGGUUGAUUCUGGUUUUGAAUUUGGCUCAGGUCCCGAUUACCUUCGUUGAUAGAGUAUUUGGGAGUUCAAAGCUAGGAGGAUCUGAAAUUGUCGAAUAUUUGAAAGGCCUUGCAUAUCUUCUAGUUACAACAUAAGAUACAACGCUGUUUACAAACACUAUCAGUUUUGUACACCUUGUGCACUUCUGCACUUCCUGUUGCAAUCUUAAUAGCCAUAAUCAUAGUUUUUUAUACUUGCAAAAAUCGCAAUCCUUCUUAGUUCUGUAAAGAUUUGUUGACUUCUUCCUCGUACUGUGAUAGGUUUUGGAUUCAAAUUAGAAUUAUUAUCAUAUCAACUCUUGUUUGAUGAUUUUUGUCAAAAUUCAAGGCAUAAUCAUCACCAGCACUGAACAGAUAUAUUGCUAGAAUUUCAAUGAUUUUCCCCCUUU